AUGUCCCUGGCGGAGGCCAUCCGCCUGUGGAACGAAGGCGUGCGGGCGGCCGACCAGAGGGACUGGAAGGGCGCUCUAGACGCCUUCGCCGCCGUCCAGGACCCCCACUCCCGGAUCUGCUUCAACAUGGGCUGCGUACACACCAUCCUGAACGACAUGCCCGCGGCCGAGAAGGCCUUUACCCAAAGCAUUAACCGAGACAAACACUUGGCAGUGGCUUACUUCCAGCGGGGGAUGCUCUACUUCCGGAUAAAGAAAUACGAUUCCGCCAUUAAAGAUCUGAAGGAGGCGCUGACCCAGCUUCGAGGGAACCAGCUGAUAGAUUACAAGAUCCUGGGGCUGCAGUUCAAACUGUAUGCCUGCGAGGUGCUGUACAACAUUGCGCUCACGCACGCCCAAAGGGGAGAGUGGAAAGAGGCGGAAGAAAGCCUGACGCUGGCCACGAGCAUGAAGUCGGAGGCCAGACACUCCAAAAUGGACAAGGCCUUGGACUGCAUCUGGAAGCAGAAGCUCUAUGAGCCGGUGGUGAUCCCUGCGGGCAGGUUGUUUCGCCCGAAUGAGAGACAGGUGGCUCAGCUGGAGAAGAAGGAUUACCUGGGCAAGGCCACGUCUGUUCUUGUCCCUUUGUCUCCCACCCUGUCCUUCCUGCCAUCCUUCCUCCUGAAUGGGCAACAGGCAGCGGAGCCUCCACCCAGACCCAAAACCCCAGAGAUCUUCAGGGCGCUGGAAGGGGAGGCUCACCGUGUGAAGUUUGGGUUUGUGCCUGAGACAUCGGAGGAGCUCCAGGUCAUGCCCGGGAACAUUGUCUUUGUCUUGAAGAAGGGAAAUGAUAACUGGGCCACGGUCAUGUUCAACGGGCAGAAGGGGCUCGUUCCCUGCAACUACCUGGAACCCGUUGAGCUGCGGAUCCAUCCUCAACAGCAGUCUCAGGAGGAAGCCUCUCCAGAGUCUGACAUCCCUGCACCUCCUAGUUCCCGAGCUCCAGGAAAACCCCAGUUGUCACCAGGUCGGAAACAAAGAGAAGAGCCAAAGGAAAUAAAGCUCCCAGUGCCCAUGCCCUACACGCUGAAGGUGCACUACAAGUUCACGGUGCUCCUGGAGACUCAGCCUGGGCUCCCCUACAGCCAGGUGCUGGACAUGGUGGCCAAGAAACUGGAGCUCCUGCCAGAACAUACUAGACUGAGCUACCGGCCUCGGGACAGCAACGAGCUGGUGCUCCUUUCAGAGACUAGUAUGAAGGCCGCCUGGGGCCAAGUGAAAAACUACUGCUUGACUCUGUGGUGUGAGAACACAGUGGGUGACCAAGGUGUUCCAGAUGAGUCCAAGGAAGAGGAAAACUCGCAUGCUCGCUACCAAACAGAACUUCCGCUCCAGGGAGGGAGCCAAGUGGUGGCCCUCUUCAGCUAUGAGGCUACCCAACCAGAAGACCUGGAGUUUCUGGAAGGGGAUGCAAUCCUGGUGCUGUCAGAAGUGAAUGAAGAGUGGCUGGAAGGCGAGUGCAGAGGGAAGGUUGGCAUUUUCCCCAGAGCUUUUGUUGAAGAACGCAAGGCUCCGCAAGAGGUCUAGGCUCCACUCCUACGGAGCCGGAGCAGAAGGAAGGUUGGACGACGGAUGCGCUCUCCUGGGCUGGCAGUCUUCGCAACCCCUGCAGCACACUGGGAGUAGGGAGACAUUCCCUUCAGACAUGUGGGAAUUCGCCUCUGCCCUAAAAAACCUGCCUGGUGAAGACAAUUAGAGAACUCAGGAUGCCGAAUGCCAUGGGGUGCCGGCUGGAACCAUCUGGCAGGGGCACGGAGGGGUCUUCUAGGGUGCUGGUGAACUGGUCUUUGCUGUCCAGUUCAUGAAAAUUCAGAGCUGUGCACAUAUUUUCGAAGUCUGUGAUCUCUCAAUAAAGCGCUUGAAAAACAAA